AUGGAGUUGGACAGCCUCCAAAAACGAAGCUCAAAGAAGCGCACGACCCCAAGCAACCAGGAGCUCAACUUUUCGUUCUUGGAAGCCAUCUUCUUGCAAUGCACACUCUCAUUCAAAUCACCCGCUUCACUUGAUCGAUUCGCAGCAACCGCGGCAUCUGCGCUCCCUCAGCCUGGCUCUGGCGAGGCGAUGACAAGACUUUCGAUCGAGUUGGAUAUGUUCCGCGAUGAUCAACUCCCUAACGCAUCGGAGCUGGAGGAAUGGAAGACAACUUUUAUCCCUCAUGGAUUUCCGCAAGAUGCGCGCGAAUAUUUCAUUAAGUGGAUGGACGCCGUACAAAAAGCUUUUGGACCUUGGGCUCACGCUCCACGUUACCAUCCGGUUUCGAAAGCCCUACCGAUGCUAUUUGGAUCUUCGUGA